AAGAGGCUUUUAAAUAGCGCAGGGUACUCCUUGAUAUAUAGUCUCUGUGGGCUUGAGCUACUACUGGUGCAGUGCUCUUAAUUACUAGAUUACUCUCUCUAGGCAACCAAUCCAAGUGGAGAAUAGAGAAUGGCUUCUGAAAUUGAUGUCUUAGGUUGCAGCAAGAAUCCAACCCCAGUAGGAUCACGUCGCCAUGAAUGCAUGAUGGAAUUGAAAGAUGGUGGGUUGGAGAUGGAUUUCUUUGAUACUGAAUCUAAGACUCUUCAAGAACUACUGGAAGAAAGCUUCGCUAAGCGUAAUGAGGGCCGUAGCUCUUCGGAGAGGCAAGGCGAUGGUGUUUGCUUAACAUGGGAGGAUCUAUGGGUUACAGUACCCAUGGGAAGAAGUGGAAGCAAACCAAUUCUUCAAGGGCUCACAGGGUACGUCCAGCCUGGUGAGGUCUUGGCCAUCAUGGGUCCUUCUGGUUGUGGAAAGUCCACUCUUCUUGAUACCUUGGCAGGGCGAUUAGGUCCAAGCGCAAGGCAGCAUGGAAAUGUGCUUGUCAAUGGUGGAAAACAAGCUCUAUCAUUUGGGACUUCAGCUUAUGUGACACAAGAUGAUAUUCUAAUGACGACAUUAACUGUUGGAGAAGCUGUAUACUACUCAGCUCAGCUACAACUACCUAAUUCAAUGUCAAUAUCCGAGAAGAAGGAGAGAGCAGAGAUGACUAUAAGAGAAAUGGGCUUGCAAGAUGCCAUGAACACAAGGAUUGGGGGAUGGGGCAACAAAGGGAUUAGUGGUGGGCAAAAGAGGAGAGUGAGUAUUUGUAUUGAGAUCUUGACACGCCCCAAGCUUCUCUUCCUAGAUGAACCAACGAGUGGUCUUGACAGUGCAGCAGCUUAUCAUGUCAUGAAAAGAAUUGUAAACCUUUCUCAACAAGAUGGAAAGACUGUUAUUGCAUCCAUUCAUCAACCAAGCAGUGAAGUCUUUGAGCUUUUCCACAAUCUCUGCCUUCUUUCUUCUGGUAGAACAAUUUAUUUUGGAGCUACUUCUGCUGCAAAUGAGUUCUUUGCAUUCAAUGGCUUCCCAUGCCCAACCCAGAGGAACCCAUCUGAUCACUAUCUUAAAACAGUCAAUAAAGACUUCGAAGAGGACAACGAACAAGGGCUUGGUGAAAAGAUCUUAACGACCGAGGAAACGAUCAGCAUUCUUGUAGAGUCGUACAAAUCAUCGAAUACUUGCCAACUAGUGAGGAACCAAGUAGCUGUGUUAUCUAAAAAGGAAGGAGCAGCAUUGGAGAAGAAGGUUAACCAAGCUAGCUUCCUUACCCAGUGCCUUGUUCUUACAAGAAGGUCCUUUGUGAACAUGAAUCGUGAUUUAGGCUACUAUUGGUUAAGAUUUGCAAUCUACAUCAUUUUAUGUCUAUGCCUGGGCACUAUCUUUUACAAUGUGGGUUCGAACUCUGUCUUAAGUCAGGCCAGAUUUUCGAUUCUCAUGUUUGUAGCUUCAUUCAUAACUUUUAUGGCCAUCAGUGGAUUCCCUUCUUUUGUAGAGGACAUGAAGAUCUUUCAAAGAGAAAGAUUAAACGGGCACUAUGGCGUUGGAGCGUUCGUUAUCAGCAAUACAAUCUCUUCUAUUCCUUUCUUGCUUCUGAAUUCUGUGCUUCCUGGAGCUAUAGCUUAUGAACUUGCCAGCCUUCGAGGAGGAUUUGAACACUUCAUGUACUUUGCCUUAGUUCUAUUUGUCUGCAACAUAUUGGUUGAAAGCCAAAUGAUGGUUAUUGCAAGCAUUGUUCCAAAUUUUUUGUUGGGUAUAACCAUAGGUGCUGGAAUUCAAGGGCUGAUGAUACUCAAUGGUGGCUUCUUUCGGUUGCCUAAUGAUCUCCCUAAACCUAUCUGGAGAUACCCAAUGUACUACAUUUCCUUUCAUAAGUAUGCUUAUCAAGGUUUCUAUAAGAAUGAGUUUGAAGGGUUAACAUUCCCUAAUAAUCAGGUAGGAGGGCCAUCCACUAUCACUGGAGAAGAAAUUUUGAGGAAAUCAUGGCAAGUAGAGAUGAAUUACUCCAAGUGGGUUGAUCUUGCUAUCUUGUUUGGGAUGUUAGUCCUGUAUCGUCUCAUGUGUUUUUCAAUUGUAAAGGUUGUUGAAAAGGUUAAGCCCAUGGUCAUGUCCCUCAAUGCUGCUGUCCCUCCCAAACAAAAGGUACAAAUCAUGGAAAGCCCUCUUCCUCAUGAUGCAAAUGUGUAAUGGUAAUUAGAUUGUUGUCAACAAAUUGUCACUGGAGAAUAUGACAUUUACUUAUGUACUCUUCCCCACUCCUAAAAAAACAAGUGUAAGCUUCUAUUACUUAUUAUAGGGAAAAUGUCUUUGCAAGUUAAGUAAGAAAAGAUUCUCUUAAUAUCCAUUACAUGGAAGCCUAGCUGGUGUUCAAAUUUUGUAAAUAUAUUUUCCUUGUUAUCAUCUAUUUAUUUGUUGUAGCUCAAGGUUAUUU